UAAUCUUUCUCUUCUCCCGCAGAUACUGACGACAGCGAUAUGGAAGGGACGCUUUCCAACCUCUCCCGCCAGGUGAUGCGGCCUCCAGGGUGCUCCGGCAAGGCCAAGCGAGGCCACCUCUGCUUCGACGCCUCCUUCGAGACAGGUAACUUGGGUCGUGUUGAUUUCGUGGCUGAGUACGACUACGACCUCUUCAUCAGACCUGACACUUGUAACCCACGAUCAAGAUUUUGGUUCAACUUCACUGUCGACAAUGCUAAAGCAGACCAGCGUGCCAUCUUUAACUUGGUCAACUUGCACAAGAGUCGUAACCUCUUCUGGGAAGGUCUCACCCCGCUGGUCCGUUCUACCUCCAGACCCAGAUGGACGAGGCUACCUGCUGAGAACGUUUACUACUACCAGUCCGAGCAGCACCGUGGCCACUACAUACUAAGCUUCGCCUUCUGCUUCGACACUGAACACGACGUCUACCAGUUCGCUCUCACUUUCCCUUACUCGUACGCCCGCCUGCAGGCCUUCCUCCAGCUGCAGGACAACGCCCGCCUUCCCUUCUACUGGAGACACACACUGGCCUACACUGUGAUGAAGCGUCGGUGUGACAUACUCACCAUCACCAGCCUCCACAACUACCGGGGUCCCAUCCAGGCCAUGACGGAAGCCCGCGGAGCAGCCGUGGAGGCUGCCACCAAGGCUGCCGUCCUGCCCACCACCCACCACCGCCAACACGACGACGAUGACGACGACGACGAAGACGAAAGUGACCACGUGCCCGCCUCUUUAGGAAGUGCUGCUGUGUCCCGUCGAGUGGUUGUGGUGAUGACCCGAGUACAUGGGGGAGAGUCCCCCACCUCAUUCAUCGUCCAGGGGAUGGUGGAGCUGCUGGUGGGGUCAAGUAGCGAGGCUCAGGUGCUAAGAGAACACGUUGUCUUCAAGAUCAUUCCGAUGAUGAAUCCUGACGGUGUCUACCUCGGCAACUACAGGUCAACAUUGAUGGGGUUCGACCUGAACCGCUCGUGGAACGAUGCGAGUGUAUGGGGACACCCGACCGUGCAUGCAGCCAGGAGUAUGUUGCUGGAGCUCGACCAGGCAGAGUGGUGUGACCUGGACCUGGUGUUGGACCUGCACGCCCACUCCUCCCUGCUUGGCACUUUUAUCUACGGUAACUCCUACGACGACGUCUACAGACACGAACGCCACAUAGUGUUCCCCAAGAUGCUGAGUCACUGCUGUGAGGACUACUGCCACUACAAUACUAUAUACAACAAGGACCCCUCAAAGGCUCACUCCGCCCGCAGAUGGUUGUGCAGUAACCUCAAGGACUCUGCCAACGUGUACUCCAUCCACACCUCCAUCUACGGCUACAGGAACCAGCGCGGCCACAUCGUUCCCUAUACCGAGGACCUUUAUCUGAGGACGGGUCGCAGUAUCGUGAAGGCUGUACUGGACUACUACCAGUUCCUUGGUCUUAUUCCCUACACCUUUCCCUCAGCACAACCCCUACAUGACUUGCCCAGGGGCAAGGGGCCCGCCAGCCCCCCGCUACACACUCGCCACUCGCGCUCACAUCUGUCUCUUCAGCAGGCGCGAACCCCACAUUGCUCCUCACGGAGCAAGUGGUCGCCGGGAGGCAAGGAACGAGGUUCGCGAGCACUCACGAAGCUUCCAGAUGUUAAAGGUCCCGGGGGCAGUGAAGCGGCAGCUACAGACACAGCAGCCAGCGGCAGCACUGACGACGCCUCCUCCGUUAGUAGCGACAGUGAUGGCCUCAGCGACACCAGCGGCCUCAUGGUUAGGAUCAAGCAAAAGGCGGCCUCAGCAGACGAGGAGGAUGUGGGCUACACGAGACGCUACGGCCACGAGCGAAAUGAUAGGAACGUCCGUCUACCAGCGGCUCGGCAUACCGAUAACUCCAGAGCACUGGAAGGACGGGAUAGACGGCGAACGAGCCGUAAAACACGGCAACCCAGGACGACAUACAUGACGCUUUUUCCAGAACAGCAGAUGAAUCACCCAUCACGCUCCGACGAUGACACCCGCAGUCUGCCAGACCUGCCUUCCCUGACUGCUUCGUUACCGACUCUACGAACCACUCCUGAUCGCCGACAUCGCCCUCCAUUCCGCUUGGUGGGGCGCCAGGCUCGACCCACCACCCUGGUGUGGCAGGACCUCCAGCAGCCACUACAGCAUAGAGACAUUAAACUAUCCUACAGGUACUAUGACUUCAAGCGCCUAACACGCCCUCGUAAGAAACGCCACAAGAAGAAACCGAAGAGUCGUUCCCCGAGCAGAACUCGAAGCCAGCGCCGGAAUAAGACAACUAACGCCAAAGACCAAAACAUUACUCAUCACAAUCCUACCCACCACAAUUCUUCCCAUAACAACCCCACCCACCACAGUUCCUCCCAUCACAAUCCCACCCACCACAGUUCCUCCCAUCACAAUCCCACCCACCACAAUUCUACCCACCACAACUCCCCAGAGAGAGGCCGGCGGAGACGGAUAGUAGUGGGCGGAGGUUUCAAUGUGACGCGACUAGCGACACCGCCCCGCGAAGAGACAGGAACCCGGCCCCCUGCGCAGCGAGGACUCCGGAUGAUUGACGUUAAUCAACUAACAAUCGGCGGCUACCAGGAGAAUGUGUCGACCCCGCGGUGGCAGGCCAGCCCCCGCCGACAUACCCACCACCUCCCCACCACACCCCCACUCCUGAGGAGGUUCCUCGACCCCCAUGCCUCCCUCUUCUGAGAAGGAAGGGGCGCUCCCCGUUCCCCUCGCAUUUCAGAGAGCAAUCAACAAGCCCAGAGAGGUUUAGCACUUCAUAAAACACUACACUUUUCACUCUUGACUCUCCUCACCGCCGCUCGCCUCUGCAGGAAUAACUGCCGCUCAUCAUCAACGUCUCAGGGACCUUGAGUUACACAACUUUGUAAAUAAUGCGCUUCCGCAUUGCUCCAGUCAUUAGCUUGACCAAGAAUUUCACAAUUCGUCAAUUUAUACUGCCAUUGUUACUGUAAACAGAAAAAUGACUCCUCACCCAAACCCUCAGAGAUAAUCUGUAUCUAUACGCUGAUUUUACUUACCUAUUUCAAGUAUUAAAAUUCUCAUAUACAGAAUAUAUAUACGUUGAAAACUCGCUUCAAUUCGUAUUUUAGGAAUUAAAGAUCCUUGACUGGUGGUGUGAAGAUGACGCGCACUGAUGACUCUCGUGUAGUCUAUAUAUUGAUGAUUAAGACAUGUGCAACAAUUGGGUAUCAUUAUUGUUGAAACAUUUCGCCAACACAGUAGGCUUCUUCAGUCAAAUACAGAGAAUCAUCAACUUGUCGGUAUUUUAUACCAUUAUCAAUAUAUUAAUAAAAUCACUCGGCUAGUCAACCCUGAAGUUUACUAGAAGUUAUCAGAAGUCACCAGUCUUAAAGAAUCCAUUUUUUUUUUCAAAAUU